AUGACGCACCCUUCUUGCUGCCACUCUGAGGCUCCAGACAAAAGGCCCCACAUGUCUCGGGGCGCUGUCCCUGGGCUCGCUCUGCUGCUGCUGCUGCUGCUGCUGCUGCUCUAUGCUCUCGUCGUCGACCAAAUCGAUCAAAUCAUCUUGCUGCUCUUCCUCCACCUGCUGCUGCUGCUGCUGCUGCUGCGGGGGAAGCGGAAGUGCCACAAAGAAACAGCAGCAGCACCAAUGCCUGGAGCAGACGACGAGGAAGCAGCAGCAGCAGAAUCUGAGGAAGCAGCAGCAGCAGAAGACAGCGAGAGACUUGGCCGCUCACGGUCUCGGCGUGAAGACGAAGCUGAAGAAGAGAAAGCGGCAGCAGCAGACUCUGGAGAAGAAGCAGCAGCAGCAGCAGGAGGCCGAGAGGAAGCAGCAGCAGAAGCAGACUCGCGCGACGAGGAUGUUUCGGAAGCAGCAGCAGAGUCCAGGGGCCGCGCAGCAGCAGCAAGAGAGUCGAGAGAAGAAGCAGCAGCAGCAGAAGACUCUGACGACACGGCAGCAGCAGCAGAAGACUCUGAGGAGGAAGCAGCAGCAGCAGCAGAGUCCCGCGAUGCAGCAGCAGCAGCAGGCGAGGACCGCGACGAAGCAGCAGCAGCAGCAGACUCCAGAGACGAAUCCGCUGACGCAUCAGCAGCAGACUCCAGGGGCCGCGCAGCAGCAGCAGCAAGAGCAGCAGCAGCUUCUCGCAACGAAGCAGCAGCAGCAAGCUCUCGCCGCGAAGAAGCAGCAGCAGCAAGGAGGUCUCGCCGCGAAGCCUCAGCAGCAGCAGCUUCUCGGGAAGAAGCAGCAGCAGCAGACUCCGACGAGGAAGCAGCAGCAGCAGACUCUGACGAGGAAGCAGCAGCAGCAGACUCUGACGAGGAAGCAGCAGCAGCAGACUCUGACAAAGAAGCAACAGCAGCAGCAGAAGACCCUUUUGCUGUUGCUGAAGAUCUCCAAGCAGCAGCAGAAAGGGCUCAAGCAACAGCAGAGGCCCUGGAGGAAGCAGCAGAGGAGGCGCUAGAGGCAGCAAAAGCUGCGCGUGACAGCAGCAGCAGCAGCAGCAGCAGCAGGGGAGAAGCAGCAGAGGAGCGCUUCGGGGCCCUCCCCGAGGACAGGCCUCGAUCCCAGGAGUUCGAAAGACGAUCCCAGGAGUCCGGGAGGCGAUCCCAGGAUCGAGUUGACGGGGAUCGAUCCCAGGAGUUCGAAAGACGAUCCCAGGAGUCCGGGAGACGAUCCCAGGGAGUAGAAAGACGAUCCCAGGAUCGCUUUGACGGGGAUCGAUCCCAGGAGGCCGGGAGACGAUCCCAGGAUCGAUUCGGUGGGGAUCGAUCCCAGGAACAGCGUGGGGAGCGAUCGCAGGAUCGGCUUGAUGGGGAUCGAUCCCAGGAGGCUGGGAGACGAUCCCAGGAUCGCUUUGACGGGGAUCGAUCCCAGGAAAGGCGUGGGGAGCGAUCCCAGGAGGCUGGGAGACGAUCCCAGGAGGCUGGGAGACGAUCCCAGGAUCGAGUACAGCUCGUUCGCCUCGAAGGUAAAGUCUUCUUGCUGCAGCAACAGCAGCAGCAAGUGCAGCAGCAGCAAAUGAAGCAGCAGCAAGUGCAGCAGCAGCAAGUUCAGCAGCAGCAAAUAGUAGAGACGAACAGCUGGGAGAACUCCCUGCAGCAGCAGCAGCAGCAGCAUCAGCAGCAGCAGCAGCACACAGCAGCAACGGCAUUCCAGAGGAGGAAACAAAGGCAGAUGAACACGACCACCAGCAUGCAGCAGCAUUGCAGCAGCAGCAGCAUUGCAGCAGCAGCAUUGCUGUAG